GUUUCCAUUCAGGCAGGUCGGUGUUGGUUUUAAGAGGCGUUAGUAUAUGUAACAUGGCGGUGUGGUAGUUUGGAAACAAUGUAUCAGAUUCCACAUCCGUCCAAGCAGGAUCAGCGCGCAAUAAUUCAGUUUUUGGGUGCAGAGGGUUGUCAGCCGGCGAAGAUUUAUCAGAGGAUGCAGGCAGUGUAUGGAAAUGCAUGUGUGUCCAAGACAACCGUGAAUGCCUGGUGUAGGCAUUUCCGCCAGGGUCGGCAGUCCACUGCUGAUUUAGCGAGGCCAGGUGCUUCGCGUUUCGCUACGACGCCCGCAAAUAUUGCAGCUGUGGAAGCAUUAAUACGAGGCGAAAGACGUCUGUCCAUUAGGGCCAUAGCAGCGGACCUAAACAUCAGUGUAGGAACUGUGCAUUCCAUAAUUCAGAAUUUGGGAAUAGUGAACAGCUUGAAGAGGAAAGGAAAGCAGAAUUCAUGGAAACAAAGAGAUGAUGAAGAAACUAGGAUGCCAUCAAAAGCCAAAAAGGUUGAGCCGUUUGAUGAAGUUAUGAUUAAACAAGAGCCUCUGGAUGAAGUGUCUUCAGACUCGAACUGUCUGCUUCCUGAAGUCAGCGUGAAGCACGAAAUGGAUGACCCGAUAGCUGUAUAGCAGAGAAACUCUGACGACAGAGCUUCCAAUGCCAGGAGUGCCCAGAACAAAUUGUUUGUUUACCUUUUAGUUUGACUGCCUCAGGAAGAUUCGCCGGUCAUCCAGCUCUGUCCGGAGGAUGUGAAGCCGUCCAGCUGUCCGCUUGUCUCUUACACAGUCCCAUUGUUAUUGUGAUCAUGCAGGAGUUGUUCACUGUCUGAAAUACAUAAAAACAAAAAAUGUUUCUUUGAGCUUACAUUAACAAGGCAGCAGAGUUGAUGGCACUCUGCAUAGUAGUCAUGCAGCUUAAACAACAAUUUUUACAGUAUAUUUUAUAAAAACUUCUAACAUUUAAGGCUGAAACAUGGACUGUUAACGAGACGGGAACAAAAUCAAAAUUGAACCAAUGCAGUUUUUCAGAAGCACUGAGGGGAAAACAAGAAAGGAUAGAAUAUAAAUGAAAUUCUUAGAGAAGGUGGAAUUCAGAGUUUGUGAACAGAGUUUGGCCAUGUGAAGAUAUGGACAGAAAAAUGGCGUAAGAAUUAAUAUUUAAAGAAAGUGACAUAUUGAACAGUGAGACAGUUCAUGCAAUUUCUGCAAGUCAGGUAAGCACUAUUCAAGCGUGAAGAUUUUGCAGGGGUGCAAAAGAGACCCAUGACUGGAUACUGCCUGUCCACCAACCCAUGCAAACAUAAAGUGGUGCUGGAGGAAAAGGAACUUUAUAGUUGAGACGGAACAUCCCCAUGAGACAACUGCUCUAGUCAAUGUUUAGCAUUGGCAAACUACAAAAUGAAGGUAUCCCAGCUCCACGCACUCUCUGUUUAUUUAUGGUUUAUUUAAUGAUGCUGUAGUAUACAAUGUUAAGUGGUGGGUGACUGAAGAAUAAUUUGGAAAAUUUAUGGGAGGAAGUGGUCAUAGCCUCAUUUGAGGCUCUGUCCAGACAAAGAAAAUUACAGAAACUCUCGGUCACGGUAGCCAGUCUUGGGACCAACAUUUGACUGAGGCGUCUUGCCAAUGCAGUCAGAAGUAUUACUGCUUAAACCAGUUCAGUGUUACCGUUCUUAAGAAGGCGGCUGUCUCCUGGGAUGUGAUGCUAAGUCGUUCCAUGGAUACAAACCAACGUUUUGGAGGACUGUAACACGAUAAUCUUUAUAGUCACUGCCGUGAGAACCUCAGAUCUCUCUUCUCACUUUCACUUAUGCACUUCACACAGUAAUGGACCAGGAGUUAUGUUUUUUUUUUUCACUCAAGUACUUUAGUGUCUAAAAGUUUGUGACUCAUUGAUUCACUGUACAAAUACUGUGUUGGACAUUGUUGAUUGCUUGACACACAUUACAGACUUUGAGAAUGUUCCAGAGUUCCAGGUUCAGUAACAAGCAUGGAGUUGCUUUACAAGCAAAGUAAAGUACCAGUUGCCAAAGGAGCACAUCAGUGCGUUCAUCACUUCACUUGAUGCAAAUAUCCAGAAAUUUCAUUAACCCUUUGAAGUUCAUGUAAAUUGUAUAUAUAAAUGUUCAGUUUGUACCUUGCGGUAAGCACUGUACCUCCACAGUGACCAACCACUUAAUGUUUUAUUCACAGUUUAUUGUGAGAAUCGUGUCAAAUACACAAAUACACUGUGGACAGAAUGCAGGCCUCUGAAUGUUGAAACAACUGGUAUAUGCAGUUACUGCUGUAAUCUAAAGGGUCACUGCUUCUGAGGCAUGGGUUAGCGUAGGCUGGAGAUAUUUCCAGCUGUGUGUAUACUGAUUUAUUGAGCUUUAUGCUGGUUACAAAGUCCUACAACUGUAUGUUUAUGUAUUUAAUGAUGUUUUUAAGUUCAUGGAUUAAAUAUUGUUAAAUGA